AUGUCGGAGAAAAAAACGAGGAAAAGACGUCAUAGAAGAAGAAAACGCAAAGACAUCAGAGAAGAAGAAGAGACAAAAAAGUCGGAGAAAAAGAAGAGACGGAAAAGUCGGAGAAGAAGAAGAGACGAAGAUGUCGGAGAAGAAGAAGAGGAGAAGACGUCAGAGAAGAAGAGACGAAGAUGUCUGAGAAAAAGAAGAGGAAAAGACGUCGGAGGAGAAAGAGCCGAAGACGUCGGAGGAGAAAGAGCCGAAGACGUCGGAGAAGAAGAGGCGACGACGUCACGGCGAAGGCGUCGGAGGAGAAGAGGCGAAGACAUUGGAGGAGAAGAGACGAAGACGUCUGAGGAGAAGACGUUUUAA